GUUGCCAACCUCACGGACGGUCUGUUGUGUUGAGUCGCCACCGCCAUUUGAUUUGUUGCGACUUCUAAUUCAAUAAAAAUGCGAUAAUUUAUAAGUUUAAACGAAAUUAUUCAAUGUUCUAAGUGUUUACUUAUUGUUGUGUAUUUAAUGUGUGAAGUGAACAUAUAAUUUGGUUACUCGCCGAAAGUAUGAAUGUGCUUUACGAAACCAAACAUCUGCCUUGACAGCUGCUGAUGAACCUAUUUUUAUAACACUGGACAUGAGUUUGUAACGAUGGUUACUUCCAAUAAAUUAGCCGAUAAAAAGGUGGUUAAAAUGGGUGAAGACAACAAUGUGGAUGUUGUGCCCCAGCGAACGCUAUUGGGCGAAGUGAACGAGCACAUUACAUGUCCGCUUUGUCGUGGCUACUACAUCGACGCGACCACUAUUGUUGAGUGUUUACAUUCGUUCUGCCGCAGCUGCAUUAUCAAACACCUUCAAGUUAAAAGUUACUGCCCUGAGUGUGAAAUGAUGAUAAAUUCAGCAAGACCUCACAUAAAACCUGACAAAGCACUGCAAGAUAUUGUUUACAAGUUAGUCCCUGGAUUAUUCCAAAGAGAGAUGGAGCGAAGGCAACAGUUCUAUGCUUCCCGCCCUGGGCCAGCUGCAUCAGCUACGCCGGAGCAGCGAGGCGAGGACACAGAGAGAAUUAUCUUUAGUCCUGAAGAUGUGAUAUCAUUUUCAUUAGAAUUUGCAGAUGCUACUGACGCUGACAGCAUAUCAAGUAAAUCAUCAGACAGCAAUGAACCACAAUCUCAAGCAGGUACUACAAGAAGAUUUUUGCAAUGUCCUGCUGUAGUUAACAUCAGCCAUUUAAAAAAGUUUAUCAGUAUGAAAUUUGACAUAGACAUUACUCAGUUUUCGAUUGAUAUCCUGUAUAAAAGAGUACCGCUGCCUGAUUAUUACACUUUAAUGGAUAUAGCCUAUAUCUAUAAUUGGAAAAGAAAUGAGCCUAUGAGAUUCUUUUACCAGAUUACAGACUUUAUUGCUAUUAGGACAAGAUAUGGCUUAUUUGACAUCAAUAGAAAAGGGGCUCAAUUUCGCAAGCCAAGUCCGACACCAACUGAGGAUACUAAUGCUAGCAGUCCGGCACCUAAUGCAAAUGAACCAGGAUCUGAAGCAUCUUCUGGUACAGACAGUCCUAUGCUUGAGGAAAGUAAUAUGAAAAAGGUAACAGAAAAUGUUAAAAAAGAUGAUGAUCAAGAAUCUGGUAAAAAAGAGGGCUUGGAACCAGCACCUAGUGGCAGUCUCAAGAAUAAAAAUGAUACACCAUCUAAGAAGCCUGAUGAAGAUGUUGAGAAAUCACAAUUUCUUAACUCAUUUGAAUUAAAAGCAAAAAGCAGUUUUGGUACAGUUAAGCCACUUUCCAUCAAAUUGAGCAGAGAUAGUAUUAAGUUAGCAUCUGAUAAGAGUAAUAAAGAGACUCCAUCAAUUAACUCUACAAACAACACCCCAAAGAAUGAUGAGUCCUUGAAACGAAAGCAACAUACACCUCCUACUUCUCCUGAAGUAAAGAAAGUUAAAAUUGACAUGGAUAAAAUCAAAACACCUACUCCAGUAUCUCAAAGCCAGAUUCCAGUUCAGGGUGGAUCUACAACAAAAACACAAAUGCCCAAGAAGUCAGAAGUACAAGAGAAGAAAAAAGAUGUAACAUCUCCUAGAUUGGUACAACCAGUUGUGCCACCAAAUCUAACACCAGCACCAACUCCUUCUAAAGAAGUUAAACAAAGUCUCUCAAUGCCAAAUCAAAAUACAUCAGAAAUGACUCCAAUAAAAAAACCCACACCAACACCUCACCACAUGUCUUCACCGAAACAAAAGGUUGGUGAUAGUCCAUCACUACCAGCUGCACCAAAAACUGUAUCACCCUUGAAAUUGCAACUUCCUAAGACAGGUUCAAGCACAGUUAAACCUAAAUUAAUGGAUCCACCAAAACAUACUACAAAGAAGAUGCCUGAUUUGAAGCCAAGUGUACCACCCCUACUGGGUGUUCAGAACAAAAGUCAAACUGUAGGAAAAGUGAGAAUGGAUCUGUUGGCUAAUAACAGUGAUCCUACAAUAGAUAGGAGCAAAAUAUUGUCACAAGUCAAAUCAUCUCUCGGAAAUCAGAACCCAGGUCAAUCAUCAGGAGAACAAUUGAAGUCUCUGUUUGACUCAUGUAAAAUAAAUAUACCUUCAUCAUUAUCAAUCACAUUAACUGACCAAAAAGACCAAAGAAAUCAAAAUGAAACCACAGCUGUUGAACCUAAAAAACCUGUUCUCAAUAAAAACUUGUCUGUAGCUGGUAACAAUAAUGCUACUGCACAUAAGGUACCAAGCCCUCCCGUCCAUAAUUAUAUUGAAAUAUUAAAAUUACCUGAUAAUGAUCCCAAGAAAUCAGGUGCUAAAAUAGAAAAUGUCCCUCAAAAUAAACCUGCAAUUCCUAAAAAUGACACUUCUGGUACACCAGGGAAGCCUAAAUCAUCAGAGUCUUCAGCUAAAGGACCAAUCCCUAGUUUGAAACCAAUUGCAGAUACAAAAUUAGGCAAACAAAGCGGAACAGGUUCAGGAGUCACAUUUCAACAAACCUUUGAGAAACAAAUUAUGUCAAUUCAGUCAGACAAGACUAAAUUACCUAAAAAUAAAAUGCAAGUUCCCAAGUUAAUGCCAGCCACUCCUAAAGCAUUGAGUGCUGCAAAUAAAUUGAAUAAUAAACCUGUGACACCUGGUAUAUCCACUCCUGAUAACAAAACAACCAUAAGGAAUGACAAUGCUCUUGAUUUGUCUACUCCACAUAAUCUUCACAGUCAAAUGGGGCCUCAACAAACAAAAGCUUUUGAAACCAUGCAAGUCAUAGCCAACUUGGCCAAGAAACAAAAUUUAUCCAGUAAGCCUAUGCCACCACUGUCACAGAAUAGUAUGUUUUCUGGUAUGCAAAACAGGCAGGUUCCUGGUGCAUCAUCUAUGCCUUUAAGAAUUCCAUCUAUCCCAAGUAGUAAUCCACACCAAACAAAACCUGAUAAAAUAAAUGUGCCGAGCACAGCUCAAGUAAAUACUGUAAGACAAGAUGUACCUAAGUUGAAUCCAAGCAAACCAUCGCCAAGUGGUUCAAACCCAAGCACUCCCUCGCCAAAUUAUUCAAUAUCUCACAGCUCGCCCAGUAACAAUGUAGCCCAGCCCUCCCCUCGGCCUCAGACCCGCUCACCUAGUUCUUCACCAAAAUUGAUAAUUGCAGAGGAUAAACAAACUACUUCUUCAGAGCUAAAUAUUAAUCAGUCAAAUCAAAUAACUAGCACUCAGAUUCCUAAUACAAGUGCUACAAAAACGGAACAGCCAAAGUCAUCACCUGGCCCAUCUAAGCAAAUUAUGAAACCUGUUAAAUCCUUAAUGCAAAAUAAAAUGCCUGCAGCUAGGCAGCCUAUGAUGAUGGGUACUCCUACAGAAAUUCAAAUGAUUCAGCACGCCGCGUUCCUAAGGCAAAUGGAAAUACAAAAUGCAUGGUUCAAAGAACAACAAAGAUUGAUGUCGCAGUCCAAUAAUAAAAAUAAUAAACAAUACCGCCACAUGGCAGCGGUUCAGGCUACGAUACCGUUUAAGUCUCGUAAGAAGACUUGCCUCAGCGGAAAAACUUCAAAAAGAGAGAAAACUAAUGAUGAAAAUAUUGACCACCUGAACCUGACCGGAAACAAAUUAAAGAGGACCAUUAGUAAAAGCAAAAGUGACUUCGAAGAUACAGAUGACGAAGGUUGUUCUCCAACCAAAAUUUCUAGAUUAAACCGAAAUGCAAAAGCUUUAACAGAAGACUGUGAUACUGACUCUACAAUAACUACUGAAGAAAGUUUGGUGCAGCGUCGGCCGCUGCCGAGCCGCGAGACGGAGCUGGCGUGGUUCGAGUCGUUCCUCACGGCGCGCCUGCAGGCGGGCGACUCGGGCUCGCUCUACGUGUCCGGCCAGCCCGGCACCGGCAAGACCGCCAGCCUGACCUACAUACUGCAGCUGCCAAAGAUCAAAGAAGGCUUUAUUCAAGUGUACGUGAACUGCACGAUGAUGAAGUCUGCUGCGAGUAUUUAUAACAGAAUCUGCAAGGAGUUGAAGAUACCGACUUCCGGCACCACUGAGAAGGCUUGCCUCGGCGCCAUUGAGAAAUAUUUGACAAAGAAACAUAAAAUGAUAUUACUAGUCCUCGACGAGAUAGACCAACUAGACAGCAAGCGGCAGUCAGUCCUGUACACCAUAUUCGAGUGGCCGGCGAUCCCAGACUCGCGCCUAGUGCUCAUAGGAGUAGCUAAUGCCCUAGACCUGACCGAGCGCGCCCUGCCCAGGCUCCAGGCUCGAUGCUCUCUGCGCCCGCAAACACUGCACUUCGCACCCUACACCAAGCAACAGAUCAUCAAUAUAUUCACCACUAUACUCGCUGAGGAAGACAAGACGAGUGUUUUCUCGCCAGUCGCUCUACAGAUGCUUGCAGCGAAAAUCGCGGCGAUAUCGGGUGACAUGCGGCGCGCGCUCGACAUCGGGCGCCGCGUCAUCGAGCUCGCCAAGCGCAGCCGCUUCCGAGACAACCAAUCAGUGGACACCAUGCUACAGGACAACACCGUCACGGUUGAACUCAAACAAGUGCUGCAAGUGCUCAACGACGUGUAUGGGGGUUCUAGAAACAUCGAGGCGGACGUCGAUGAAACGUUCCCGAUGCAGCAGAAGCUUAUUUUGUGCAGUCUGAUGCUGGUGCUCAGUAAGGGGAAAAAUAAAGAUGUGAUGCUCGGCAAGCUCUACGAUGUUUAUAAGAAAGUAGCAACAGCCCGCAACAUCGCGCCUCUCGACAUGAGCGAGGUCCUCAGCGCAUGUGCCUUACUCGAGGCGCGCGGGGCGCUGCGGGUGUGCGGCGCGGGGGCGGGGGCGGGGGGGGGCCGCGGGGGCGCGCGGGGCGCGGGGGGCGCGCGCGGCCGCCGCCUGCGCCUCCAGUGGGACGAGACGGAACUAACGCACGCGCUCAGGGAUAAGCCGCUGUUAGCCGCCAUAUUGAAGGACACAAGCUGCCUUGCGUGAGUGUUACUGCUGUUCUGUUGUAGCUAGUGUAAUUUGAAUUAAG